UUUCUCAAUUAGUGAUAGUGCUGACUGAGCGACGCACAGUUGUAAACAACCGAUCUCCCCACACUAACUGCGCCACCGCCAUACAACACCUUCAACCACCACUACGCCGGAAAACGCUAACACCAGCACCUGCGCGAGCUAAUGGCGGCGACGGCCUUCAGCAUAACGCCGCCAUCAUCUUCAUCAUCUCUAUUUUCCAAUCGAACUCCAUUUCUCUGUCCGACUUCAUUCCCCGCUACUUCGCUACCCCAAUUCAAGAGAAGAGUUCCGGUGCUAGGGCACGUGUUGGUUCAGGUGAAUUGCGUGUCGGAGCGUAGUAAGCAGGCUGCUGAAUCGGAGCCUGAAACAGCUCCAUCGCCUUCGUCGGAUUCUGCAUCUUCUUCUUCGUCUUCUUCUUCUGUUGCCGCUGCCGAUGGCGACGAUGCGGACGUCUCAGCAUAUAAAUGGAUUGCUGCUCUCGGAGGAAUUGGAUUGCUGGAGACGGCGUAUUUGACUUACCUUAAACUCACGAAUUCCGAUGCUUUUUGCCCCACGGGUGGAGGCUCGUGCACCACCAUCCUCACCAGUGAUUACUCUUCUGUUUUUGGCGUUCCUCUGCCAUUGUUUGGCAUGCUAGCAUAUGGUUUAGUUGCAAACCUUGGCUUACAAUUGGGUAGGGAGAAAAGGAAAUUUGAUACUGGAAAAUCUAAUGACGAGACCGUCUUAGUUGGAAUAACUACCUCUAUGGCAGUUGCUAGUGCAUAUUUCUUGUACAUUCUGAGCACUGAGUUUGCUGGAGAGUCGUGUUUAUAUUGUUUGGCAUCUGCAACAUUGUCCUUCAGCUUAUUCUUCAUAACGAUAAAGAGGUUUGGACUGCAAGAACUUCAGAAAUUAUUGGGCGUACAGCUAUCUGUAGCUAGCUUGGUGGUUAUUGCGUUGACUGCAUCUUAUAAUACUGCCCAACCAGGUUCAUCAAGCAUGUUGGAGACUGAAAUACCUUACUUUGAAACUGAGAUCACAAAAGAGUCAAGUCCUUUUGCCAUUGCUCUGGCAAAACAUUUACAUUCAAUUGGAGCAAAAUUAUAUGGGGCAUUCUGGUGUUCACACUGUCUUGAUCAGAAAGAGUUUUUUGGGAGGGAAGCAGCAAAAAUGUUGGAUUAUGUGGAGUGCUUCCCCGAUGGAGUAAAUAAAGGAACUAAAAUGGCCCAGGCUUGUGUAGAUGCUAAACUUGAAGGAUUUCCAACCUGGAUAAUAGACGGUCAGGUUUUGAGUGGGGAAAAGCAAUUGUCAGAGCUUGCUACAAUAUCUGGAUUUGGACUUGAAGAUAAGGCUGAAACAAAAUAGGAUGUUGUUCCCUCUGUUAUUGUCUUGCAUUCCCUUUUACAAGACGAUGAUAUCAUCUCAUUUACCGUCUUACUCAAAUAUACAAUAGUAAUAUAAUCUCGAUAGUAGCCCUAAACGGAGUAGAUAUUGGGGUAAACUAGCUAUUUCAGUAAAUGUUUCAUGACUUCUUGAAUAGAAAUGAAGAGCAUGGGAGUAAAGAGAUAAUGGGGAAGAGCGGGACUUACAUCAUUUUGAUGCGAUUACCAAAGAGAUCUUCCGCUUCUUCCUAUGCGCCGACGUGAAACCCAGGACAUUGAGCUGCGUGAGGUACGUGACUUGAGGCUAUCAUUUUCAUGAUCACGUUCUCCACUCUAAAUGAGAGUAUGAACAAUAUAUAAGAUGUAUUGCGCUUAUAGGUGACAUAAAUAUGUAUUGUGUUAUGCAGUUGUCUCCAAUAAUCAUAUGUUAUAAAGCUGUUAUUGCAUGGAAUAAUUGUAAUCAGAACAAUUUUGCAGAUCCAAAGUAGUUGCAACAAGUCAAUUGGGCAAUUCUGUUACUCUUGUUAUCUUUUCGCU